GAGGGGAGAGGGGGUCUGCCUGAACAGUCCUGAGUCUUGUUGGAGGCUGGCUACACUGCAGUGAGCUAGGACAGGGAGGGGGAGCUAGUGAGAGGGUAGAGGGGUCUUGAAGGUGAGAGGAGGAAAAUCAGCAUCAGUCUGGGCAGCUAUGCACCGAGCCGGGACAGUGUGACAGAGGAGAGUGGAGCAGGGAUUUGGGCUGUGCUGCAAAGUGAUGCAGAGUGGAGCUUCCACUGCAGCAGGGAAGCGAGAUCGAAACAGAGAGGGCGACUGAAGGACAGGCAAGCAGGAGGCUACGGAGACCCAGUAUCAGACCUCCAACCUCCAACCUCCAACCCAGUAUCAGACCUACCACAUUGUGACCCGACCGCUUGCCCAUGGGAGAGACCACCGAGCAGACAUGGACUCAAGACCGGAUGGGUGAGAUCCAACCAGGAUCAGGGAUGGGAUCAGCUCAUCUGCUAUCCUCUUGUACACUUAUCUCUGCCUAACACUCUCAGCUGUUGGGUGAGACUGGGAUCUGAGGGCCUUCAUGCCCUGAGACUGUCCAGGUAGAUAGAAGAGAGGGAGAGGAGGAGGGGCAGGGGGAGGUGGGGGAGAAGGAGGCUUAGGGUGAGGUAGAGCUGUAUUUUUGGAUGAAGGACUCCCGAAAUAAGCGAGCUGGAAUAAAGAUGUAGUGUGAGUGGGAAGCAGAACAAGUAGUGUGCUGUGCUGUGGAGUGGGGCAGACCGGGAGCAGGGGGUGGACUGACGGACACACAGGCGGCCUGACGGAGCUGCAGGGGUGACUCCAGUGGGGGAGACAGAGCCUGAGCGGUCCACUAGAUCAGGAAGGUAUGGGACAAUGCUAUGUUUUAUGUUACUAUGUGUGAAAGAAAGAAAGAAAGAAAGAAAGAAAGAAAGAAAGAAAGAAAGAAAGAAAGAAAGAAAGAAAGAAAGAGUGGUACGUUUGUGAAACCUCUGUGUAAGUAAGACCAUAAAAAUGUAGAGAGAGCCUUGUGUAUAGCAAAUGUAUGCAGAAUAUUUUAUGGAGAAAAUGUGCUUGUUCACUGUGCUAAUGGCCAAAAAAGGAUGUCAGACGAAAAGUAGAAAGUAACAUUUGGUUUGAAACAAACAUUACCAUCUCAGAAUGUAUGUAUGUUUAAUUGUAUGUAAGUAUUAGAAAUAGAGGGAGUAUGUCAUGGGGUAAAGAAUGAGUCACAUUCUGUUUAUGAGGAGAUGAAUGUCUCUUUGUGUGUGUGUGUGUGUGUGUGUGUGUGUGUGUGUGUGUGUGUGUGUGUGUGUGUGCGUGCGUGCGUGCGUGCGUGCGUGCGUGCGUGCGUGCGUGCGUGCGUGUUGCGUGUGUGCGUGUCGGCUUGUGUCAGUUUAGUGUUUUGAAAGUGUAGGGUACAAAAUUAUGUAUUUUGUGUUAGAGCACAGUGGUUGGUUCCCUGAGGCUGGCGGAACGUUAGAAAGAAACGACAGCAACGCCUCAGAAUUCUGUUUGAAGAAGUGACCUCUCCAAGGAAAACGUUGAUUGUUUGACUUUCCAUGGCAUCACUGGUUGACUCCAAAUUGGGGUCUGGUGGCCAUUUGAAAAGGCCCUGUUGGGAUUUGCCAUCAGGCCUUAUGGGAAGCGGUGCUGGUUUCUCAGUGGUUUCUAUUUGACUAACUGGCCCAGUUACCAACUACCUCAGCUCAGUCUGCCACAGAAGUGCUUAAGCUGCUUUACCAAAACUCUCUGCAACCACAUGUCUCUUUGUAUGGGGGAACGUGAAAGAUUACUUUUUAUUCAAUAAUUUAAGAAAAGAGAUCAAUGUAUUUUCCAUGAGUAUUUUUGCCAUAUAGUCUCUGCUUUUUGUGUACUCCUUGAAAGUGCCUCAGUCAUUGUAAAUGUGUUGUGAGAUUUAAAGAGAGCCCUCUAGUGGGGAAUAGAUGUGCAUUGUUAUACAUUGGCCUAACUGAAGAUUAUAUAUUAUUAUAUUCUGAGUCAUGGUGACAAUAUUACUAAAUACAUACUGCAAGAAGCUGAGUCUCCUGUGCAUGGAAAGCAGAAAGAUCUCUGGGUUUCUCAGAGAAAACUCCAGGGCUUUGAUUCACAGGCUUGUAUCUGAUUGGAUGAACCAUGACUCAUGAAAGCAAGGCUGUGGGAGUUACAGUAUUGAUAGAGUAGAUUGAUGAAGAGUCAAGUUGAAACCCAGCAAUCAAGAGACUCCACUCACUUGCCCCAUCCAUCUCUCCCUUCACAUGGUCAUCCACUCCCCCUCCUUUGCUUGCUGUCAUUCCUCCCUCCUCUCCUCCCUCCUACCCUUCUUCACUAGCCUCUGUAGAUGUCCCCUGUCCCACAGCCCAAAUGCUCAUUCAGUCUGCACCAGCCUGCCAUCACACCUGAGAAUACAAUCCAUUCAUUCUGUUGGAGGGGCACAUUACACCUGCAAAUACCUACCUGGGACCUGGGACUCACCUGGGAAUAGCUACCUGUGCCCAUGCUUGGCUCUCCUCUGUGAAUGCUGAACUGCAGCUCACCCUAGAGCCGCUGGAUUACACAGCAGAUUCUUCAUUUGAAUGGGACAUCCAAGAUAGAGGAGAUACUCCAGGAGAUACUCCAGGAGAUGUAUGUUUAGGUAGCAGGGACAGAAAAAGCCUUGAUCAUGAACUGAAAUCCUGCUUCUCCAGCUGUCAUCAUUACCACCACAAUGCCCUCUCGCUGUAGGACUGUGCUGCAUAUCGUGACGACCACCCUCUUUGCCGCUGUGGUCCUUUUUGGGAUCCUGCUGGCUUACGUGACUGGCUACCAGUUCAUCCACACAGAGCAGCACCACUUGUCUUUCGGCCUGUACGGAGCCAUCCUAUCUCUGCACCUCUUCCUCCAGAGCCUGUUUGCCUUCCUGGAGCACAGACACAUGCGCAGCCCCGCCCAGCCCCAGCACCUGCGGCGCUCUGUGGCCCUGUGCAUCGCUGCCUACCAGGAGGACCCAGACUACCUGAGGAAGUGCCUCCGCAGCGUGCGCCGCAUCUCUUUCCCCGGCCUAAAGGUGGUGCUGGUGGUGGACGGGAACAGGCCGGAGGACGGCUACAUGAUGGACAUCUUCCAGGAGGUGAUGGGUGGAGCGGACCAGGCCGGCAGUGUGGUGUGGAAGGGGAACUACCACAGUGACGGGGGCGGGGGUGGAGGGGUGGGCAGAGGGGGGGCCAGAGCAGCGUCCCUGCAUGCGGAGGAGGCUGCACGUGUGGCCAGGCUGGUGAGGAACUGUCGCUACUCCUGUAUCAUGCAGGAGUGGGGAGGGAAGAGAGAGGUGAUGUACACAGCUUUCAAAGCCCUGGGAGACUCUGUGGACUAUAUGCAGGUGUGUGACUCAGACACAGUUCUGGACCCAGCGUGCACCAUAGAGAUGCUGAAGAUUCUAGAAGAGGAUGCAAAGGUGGGGGGAGUAGGUGGAGAUGUUCAGAUCCUGAAUAAGUAUGACUCGUGGCUCUCCUUCCUGAGCAGUGUGCGUUACUGGAUGGCCUUCAACGUGGAGCGGGCCUGCCAGUCCUACUUUGGCUGUGUGCAGUGUAUCAGUGGUCCCCUGGGCAUGUACCGUAACUCCCUGCUGCAGCAGUUCCUGGAGCCCUGGUAUCACCAGACCUUCCUGGGCAGCAAGUGCAGCUUCGGUGACGACCGCCACCUCACCAACCGCGUGCUCAGCUUCGGCUACAAGACCAAGUUCACCGCUCGCUCCCAGUGCCAGACUGAAACGCCAACGCGCUACCUCCGCUGGCUCAACCAACAGACCCGCUGGAGCAAGUCCUACUUCAGGGAGUGGCUGUACAACGCUCUCUGGUUCCACAAGCACAGCCUCUGGAUGACCUACGAGUCUGUGGUGACAGGCUUCUUCCCCUUCUUCCUGGUUGCCACAGUGAUCCACCUGUUCUACCGUGGGCGCCUGUGGAACAUCCUUCUCUUCCUGUUGACAGUGCAGCUGGUUGGCAUGGUGAAGGCUACCUACGCCUGCUUCCUGAGGGGCAGUCUGGUCAUGAUCUUCAUGUCUCUCUACUCCCUCCUCUACAUGUCCAGCCUGCUGCCAGCCAAAAUCUUUGCCCUGCUCACUAUCAACAAGGCUGGCUGGGGCACAUCAGGGCGGAGGAAGAUUGUGGUGAACUUCAUUGGGGCAGUGCCUGUCACAGUGUGGGGGGCUGUGCUGCUGGGUGGGGUGGCAUACACCAUCUACUGUGAGACCCAGGAGCCCUUCAGUGAGACAGAGAAAGCCCUGCUCAUCGCUGGGGCCAUCCUUUACGCCUGCUACUGGGUCAUCCUGCUGGUUCUUUACCUGGCUAUUGUAGCCAAACGCUGCAACAAGAGGGAGGAGCAAUACCACCUGCCGUAUGCAGAGGCAUAAGAGGCAUAACAAUUAUCAGUGUUUCAAUGGUGCUGCUGGAACAGCUGAGCCAGUCUUUGGCCCCACCCCUCUCAUGCCAUUCUGUCUCCAUGGUGCUAAACCUCUGGUUCUAAGGGACAUAUGUGGUAUGAAUGUGUUGUAGAGUGCUCUACCAGUGGUCAUGAGUUACAAGGGCAUGGUGCUUUCCAUAGAUAUAAAGCACAUUAUCAUACAACCCGUUUACAAGAGAUUGUAAGAGCUAUGACACAGGCAUGGGGGUUUGGGCUUAUCAAAACAAGUAUAUGUGUCAGUAUGAAGCAGUGUUGAUAUGUCUCCAGCCUGAGUUGAAUGACUGAACAUAGACACAACGUAAGACACAUGUACGGAGGGCCCUCUUUGCCUCAAUCAGGUGACACAAUGAUCUACAGUUGUAUUUCUUUAAUACAGUAAUUUAAAGACAAUCCAACAUUUAUACAGAACUCAUAAAUAAAUUUUUGGUGCUGUUGAACAGUGCCCAAGAUAAAAGUUUAGCUCAUAUGGUAAUAGUCCAAUCUUCCAAUGCCUGCAAGGAUAUUUAAAUCCAAUUAAAUGAGUCAGAUAAUUUUGUGUGGGCAUUUUAUUGUAUGAGUGCCACAUUGUAUACACAUUACAUACAGUAUCAAUGCUCAUUACAGGAUAUAAUUUACCAACCGAGGAUAAUCCAUCAUUCAUUCCAUCAUGUAAACUGCUAUGACCAAAGACCACUUGUUUUUUUACCGCAUGCCUGACCAUUAGUAUAAUACAAGUACUAACUCCACAUUGCUGUUAUUAGUCCAGAAUAAGAAAAUAGAAAACCAUGAUCCCCUUUUAACAAGGCCAUUGGUAUUAGUGUAGGUGCCAUGUCUAAGUUAACAUGUUUUUGUUGUUGGAGAAUGGAGAUACUGUCGUUGAAGUUUCCACUCUUGUGCUUUUUAAGUUGUGUCAAUAUUAUUUUAUUCAGUGAGAAUUGCAUAACUUGAAAGUGCAAACAAGACACAAGAAACAACGCUUGUUUACAGGGUUGCUCAGCCUCUGGCGCAGUAGGUCAAUUUGACGGUACAGUAUAUUUCCAUGACCACACAGAGGAGAUCAAAGGUGAUAUGACUUUCUUUCCCUUUUCAGUCUGAGUAGAUAUUAAAGGACAAACUUGGUAGGUUGGCCAUCCAUAUGCAUUUGCAGUGUUGUCUUAGCUGUAAAUCAGAGUUUGCUGUUGUUGAGGCUCAAAACUGCAACCUCAACAUUAGCCACAGGAAUAAUGUCUCCAUCUACUUUCAAGGGUGUAUGUAAUGUGACUGUGUAAUAAGACUCACAGUGGUAUAGAUAUUGGGAUUACAUGAACCAAUUAGAGGCAUAAAUAAAAUAGAGAGAUGACUGUGAUUGAUGUUGUAUGGUGUGUAGAUAUCAUAUACAAUAUUUGUUAUAGUAGCGUAUCUAUCAGGCUGAACAUCUGCUCAGUCUACAAUAUUGUCUUUCAUGCCGUUUUUGAUUUCCUUGAUACUUCCUGCCUCUGAUGUACACUCAGAACCUUGAGCUGUGACAGUUUCCGACCACUCAUGUUUGACAAUAAAUCAAUGGGUCUCAUAACGCUGAGUGACAGUAGAUGUCCACCCAUAUUUUGUAGGCAUAUCUUCCAUGGAAAAACAUUCUUAUAAUAGAACUUGUUUGAAUAUAAUUAUAGAACUAUUCAAUAAGUCUUAACGUGACUUAAAAUCGAUACCAGAAUGUUCUAGGCAUUCUCUCAAUGCCGCAGAACGACUGUUGAGCCUAACCAAAAAGCCAUGGCAGCUCAGCUCAUACAUCAUUCAAUGUUUACAAAAGGCAACGUUUCAAAGAAUAUUGCCAAGUAAUAUAUUUUCUGUAUUGAACAUUUACAAAGAUAUUUUGAAGAUGCGUUAAGAAUGAUGGGGUGAAGAACAGGCUUAUAUUUAAAAGGAAUUAUGGAGUUCUGAUUUCAUGAAACAGCUGUUUACAUCAUGUUUAUAGUAUGAUGUAGCCAGCACAUCAUGGUCAGUGAAUUCGGUGUGGUUUGGUCUCUAGAGCUCAACAUUGCUACACUGCUAUUUGUGAAGUUACAUGGAUGAGAGAUAAGACUUAUUUUAUAUGACCAUUUAGGGAUGAUAUGUAGAUUUAAAACAGGUCCUGUAGAAGUAAUUAACCAACAGAUAACAUUUCUAACAGUAGCAUGGUAAAAAAAAUAUUUUAAAAACUCUCAGAAUCAAGCAACAGCAUAUGGCUAUUGAUACACAACAUAACACAUAUAGUUUUAUUGGUAUAGAACAGCUGAAAAUAAAGUAUUGUAACCACCCAUGUAUUUCAUUAUGAACAUAUUUAAAUACAGUAUAAAAGACAUGUUUUUGGAAAAAGGUUUUGUAUUUAAAUUUCAAUCAGAACAUUUAUUUUUUACACUUGUACAGCGGUUGAAAAACUGUAUGUUUUUGUAUCUGAAUAAAAACAUGCUCAUUCC